AUGAUACCUGAUCUUCUUAAAACUGCUCAAAUUGAGGGAAUUUUCAGAAGGAUGAUUGGAAUGAUAAAAGGAGUAUCAAAGCUACCCACAUACAGAAGGAAGUUUCGUCAGAUUGUUAAAGCUUUGAUUGUUCAUUCCCUGGAGAAAGACCUUUCAGGAAAGACUUUAGCUAUUCAUUUAAGGGAUGCAAUAGAUAUUUCUGAAAAGGCCUGGAUUUGGAGAAAGAACCUUCUAGAAGAUCCAGUAGGUCUAUAG